CUCGUACAUUAAAUUUAUAUAGAACGCCUCUGGGAUUCAUUGAGUAUGGACGAUUGUAAGUCUAAAUAAAAUGGAGACAAAUCACCAGCUUGUCGAAAUUGCACGCGGGUGGUAUUUUCAAUACCUUGAUCUUUUAUACGCACACUUAGACACCUAUUGGGUUUUUCCCGUGAAGAAUAGGGACAGAAAGAAAUAAAUAAAGAAAGAAAGAAGGCAAGAAAAAAAGGGAAAGAUUGUUUCAACAAACACCGAGACAAAGUUUACACUGUCAGAGACAGGAACGUGAAUAACCUCGGGGAUUUCGCACGUGUUUUAUCCACCCUCCACCCUUAAUCUCAUCCGGGUGCUAUAAAACCUGGAUCUUCUGCUAGUCCAGUAUCACUUGUCCGAAAGCAUUCUAACGGGAUAGACCAAGAUGUCUGUGUUUGAAUCAAACUUUGGUUUCGGUGUUGCGAUUCUCUUCCUGGUGAUGAUUAUCACCCAGGUGUCUGGUGACUACGACGGCAGUGUUGAGAACGACAGUGGAUUAUGUUUAGGACCUGACUGCGCAGAUCGACCUAGUAACGGAGUUUCGGGCGCUAUGUGGUUUGGACCAAGACUGGGACGUCGACGUAGAUCUGGGCCAGUGUCUCAUGUUAAUGAUGAUGACAUCAAUACUAUCGCUGAUGCAAUAAACUCUGGUCCUUGGGCUCUGGUUUCUUAUCAGGGUACGGGUGAUAAGAGACACUCGACACAAUUCACACCAAGAUUAGGCCGUGAACUAGAAGACAAUUUACUCCAGAGAUACUUAGCACUUGGUAAAGACAACGAGCUGUAUCAUCUAAUGGACACUCAGAUAAAUCCAGAGCAUCGUCAAUUAUCGCUUCCGCCACCGCCUCUAUUUGCACCACGUCUUGGCCGUCAGUUACCGUUUAUGAAUUCACCUCGACUGAGACAUCUGUUGCAGAAUUCACGGAAUUUUUGA